UAGCACCGUUGUCGUCAGCUUUUUCCUCUGCUCUUAUGCAACCGACGCCGGAACCGCGCUGAAUCGCCAUUUGUGCAAUCGCGUUUGAGAAUCUGUUCGUGUCCUGACUCGAACGAGAAAUUUUCGACGUAACAGCUUCCCUGUUUUUCGUCAUCGAAAUACAGGAGUAGGCAAUGGAAAGCGCAUGGAGCAACGGCAAGAUGAAGGUCCUGAAGCCGAGGACUUCGAACGAGAACAUUCCACCGAUGCAGAUAGACUCGGAUGAGAGGAGAGGACGCUAUAUCCAACCGUCAGCAAUGAGUCCACGGUUUCAACCGUACGCCGAAAACAUCGACGCCGGUUCGCCGCUCUCGCGCUACCUGUUCGCCGGAUCGCCGUUGUCCGGGAAGGUCGCUUCCGCCAGCGAGGCAUUCAGCCCUCCCUCGUUCAGCGCGUGGUCCACGAAAGGUCUUCCGUACUGUGGCAAUAGUUCGGGGCGGAGCAGCAGCUUCGGCUCUCGCGGUAGGUUGUCGCCGUCACCGCUUUCGUCGAUCGAGAACAUGGAGGUCGCGUCAUUCAUGUCGCCGCCAAUGUACCGAACGACGGCGACUGGGGACGACGACGUUCUCGUGAUGGAUGAUAUUCUAGUGAGACCAAUGUCCGGGGGAAAGAGUGGAAGGUCUUCAUCCUCCUCCGGCCGCGGUUCGUCCUCUUCGUCCUCGGCGUCCAAGAGCGUGUUCAAGACAGAUUCUUGCAGAGCGUGGGAAGAGUCCGCUAGCUGCCGCUACAACUCCAAAUGCCAGGAUGAGGAAUGUCUUGCUAUGGCGAACGCAGUUGAAUUCCAUUACGGGUUACACUUAAAAGAAGAGGCUCAAUCUGGUCGUUCCUCCCCGAAAAGCAAAUCCAGGGCAGAGACAGGCACACCAUCAUCAUCUGUGAGAGCAGGAUCAAGCACGCAUGGCCCAAGCAGCGACAUUGUUGAACAGCAGGAUGCAGCGGCGGAGUCUGAUCAGCAAGGUGCAACUUCCCAACCAACUUCACCCGAAUCUGCCCAUGACUGGUCACCCCUGGAUGAUGGUAUUGAGGUUGUACUCCCAGGUUCAGAUGAAGCUCCAUCAAGAGAAGAAAUUCAUGCUUAUAUUUCCAGUCUUAAACAUGGCCGGACUGCUAAAAGGAGACUACCGGUAUUUGAAGCUUUUACCAAAGGGAUUUGAUCCCCACCAUUCAUAAAACAACGCCUCUUCACUGA